GGAUGGCUAUUUUAAAGUACGCCAUUAACAUGGCGCCAAAAGAUUUUUUUUUUUAAGUGUGAGAUUAUUUUUGCUCUAAGGUUGCACAUAGGGGAUAGCAGCGCGAUUUGGCCGGGGAGCGGUGCAAAGGGGGGGGGAGAAAUGUGCGCGGCGAAGCCUCACGCAAACUAUCUCACGGCGACUAGCUAAACCCCGAGUGCGCUGAAAUUUAAAACACCCUUUCUGCAUAAAAAUUUAGGGGGAUCCCAGGGAGGGGACGAGAGAGGGUGUUAAAUUAUAAUGAUAAUAAAAAAUCCCCGUGUUAAAGUGGGACCGUCGGAUACCACGCUGGAUCUGGACCGCAGCCGAAAAUGCGACACGACUGAGCAGAUGUAACUAUUGGGCUAGCGGCGGCUAAGCGCUAGCUGGGCCAGCCUGCAGUUUUAAUCCGGCUCUCGGAUGACAUCACUUCAAAGUCUUGAAAAGACAGCUUAAAUACAAAUAAGAUCGCCGUACGCAUCCGGCGCUAUUUUGUUGCAUAAUGUUGCGCCGCGGACUGGCUUUUAACCUGGAGUAGCGUUGCUGCUUAGCUUGCUGGAUACUUUUUUUUUUAUAAACAAACAAGCAAAAAAAAAAUCCGGACUCUUUAGGGAGCAUAUAUAGCUGUCACUUUUCUGCCAGCCUUUAACGCAGUCCGCCGAUGCUACAGCUAACCAGCCGCCUACUAGAAUAAUCGCGGCGCUUGUCAGCGGCUUACCAGUUAUCUAAUUUCACAGCAUCGUCCAUCCGUCUGAACUGAGGACGCUUUUUUUCUUUCAUCCAAAAAGCAGCCUGCAACCGAGGCGAAAAAGAUGGAGAGUGAAAAGAAGAGGAGGAAAUACUCCACCAGCAGCAACGAGUCUGAAGCCAAUGACGGUCAUGUGACCUCUUGGUCGAAGUGCCCCAAGAACAUGGGGAGUAGCAGUGGCUGGUGCCGACCGGAGCAGAAGAAGCCAUCGGAGGUUUUCCGGACCGACUUCAUCACCGCCAUGAAGCUGCCCGAUUCGGCCCAGCUGAGCCCGGACGAGUUCUACGUGCUGUCGGACCCCUGGAGACAGGAGUGGGAGAAAGGGGUGCAGGUCCCAGCCAAUCUGGAGGCCGUCCCCUGCGCUGCGGUCAGGCUGGUGCCAGAGCUCAAUCAGGGCAUAGUGACCACCGAGGGGGAGCAGGGGGCCGCUGCGACCCCGGCCAAGCCCCUGAGUCUGUACGACCUGGACGACCUGGAUGUGUUCUGGCUGGAAAUGGUCAACUCCGAGUUCAGGGAAAUGGCCCUGCCGGAGCUGGAUGAGCCGACGAUGGAGCGCGUGAUAGUGGAGCUGGAGCGGAGGUGCGAGGAGAACAUGCGGCUAGCCAUCGCGGCGGAGGAGGGCCUGGGCAUCGAGUACGACGAGGACGUGGUGUGUGACGUGUGCCGCUCGCCCGAGGGCGAGGACGGCAACGAGAUGGUCUUCUGUGACAAGUGCAACGUCUGCGUGCACCAGGCCUGUUACGGCAUCCUGAAGGUUCCCCGGGGGAGCUGGCUGUGCCGAACCUGCGCCCUGGGGGUCCAGCCCAAAUGCCUGUUGUGCCCCAAGAGGGGGGGGGCACUGAAGCCCACCCGCAGCGGUACCAAGUGGGUGCACGUCAGCUGUGCCUUAUGGAUCCCAGAGGUCAGCAUCGGCUGCCCCGAAAAGAUGGAGCCCAUCACCAAGGUGUCCCACAUCCCCCAGAGCCGCUGGGCGCUGUCCUGCAGCCUGUGCCGAGAGCACACCGGCACCUGCAUACAGUGCUCCAUGCCCACCUGCGUUGUGGCCUUCCACGUGACAUGCGCCUUCGACUGCGGCCUGGAGAUGCGCACCAUCCUGGCGGAGAACGACGAGGUGCGCUUCAAGUCAUACUGUGCCGAGCACAGCGCCAUCCAGGGUGGCCGGCCGGACCGGGCCGAACAGGCAGAGCCCGAGAUAGCGGGCCAGCGCAAGCGCAAGUUGCAGGAGCUAGAGGACGAGUUCUACCGACUGGUGGAGCCGGCCGACGUGGCUGAAGGCCUGCGGCUGUCGCACACCCAUGUCGACUUCCUCUACCAGUACUGGAAGCUGCGGCGCCGGUCCGGGUUCAACCGGCCACUGCUGGCCCUCAAGCAGGACGAGGUGGACGACCUGGCCCAGCAGGAGCAGGACGUGCUCUACCGGCGCCUCAAGCUCUUCACGCACCUGCGGCAAGAUCUGGAGAGGGUCCGCAACCUGUGCUACAUGGUGACUCGCCGGGAGAAGAUGAAGCUCUCACUGUGUGACCUGCAGGAGAAGAUCCUGCAGCUCCAGCUGCGGCUCCUGGAGGAGGCCCCGGCAGCGGGAGAGAGAGGGAGACAGAAUGGAGUGAAGGACCGAGGGAAGGACCGCAGGAGAGGCAGCCCAGAGAAGAAGGAGAGGUGGAAGGCGGAGAGUGGCUCCUUACUCAAACACCUGGGUCUGGCGGACGGCUUUCCCCUGGAUGAGGCUCUCUCCGGGGGCUGGCUGACACGCUCGGUGGAGAUCACAGCCGAUGACGUGCUGAGCCGCUGGGCGCUGGCGGGGGGGCCGCGGGACGGCCCAGCAGGGCUGCUGUCUGACCAGCUGCUGCAGGGCGAGGAGAGCCUACUCAGCCUCAUGAUGGACCCCUCCCUCAAGUCCGCCUGGAAGACACCCCGGCUGGGCCGAGGCACUAAGGGGAAGCCCCGAUCCAGGGCUCACAGGCCGCGGGCCCCUGACGGCGAUGGGGUCCGGCCUGAUGGGAGGGGGGCUAACGGAUUCGGCCGCCCCCGAGCCUCGAAGGGCCUGCAUCGGCGACACCGUCAGCUGUAUGCGCGACCGAAGGGUGGCCGCCCCCCGCGCACCGGCCCCCAGCCCCCCGUCUCCAAGAUGAGCUCCUGUCACAUCUCAGAGGACUGCGGCACGUGGGACGGCAGCCAUCUUAGGGAAGCCUGCACGGCCGCCGCGGGCCCCGGGAAGCCCAGGGCCACGGACAGGCCCCGCCCCACUCUGCGGCUCCGCCUCCCCCGGCCCGGCAAGCCGCCAUCCAGGGGCGGACCACAGGACCAGCCCUGGAGCCAGCGGGAGCUCGCUGGCAGGGACGGCUCGCUCUCGGACGGGCGGCCAGACGAGUCGAUGUCAGACGCAGAGCCCAGCGACUCCGAGUCCCCCGCUGGGGCGGGCAAGCUCCGCCUUGCCCAGCUGCAUGCUGGGAGCGAGGACGUGCUGAGGAGGAGCGUGCUGGCCACCUAAGUCCGACCAUUGGGAGUGCGAGAGCACGGAGGUGGCGGUCCCGACCCAGGUGCCGGUGACUGUUCAUGAUGUGUGUGCCCCUACCCCUCCACCAGAACCAGGCCAAGGCAGCGCCGAUACGGACGUGUCCGUGCCCAUUACGUUCUGUGACCAUAUGGUUGUUCUUUUUUUUUUUUUUUAAUUUGUGGUUGAUGUUGCUGAUAGUAACUGAAACUGCAGCUAUGUUUAGGGCAUUAUGGGUGGUGAGUUCGGUGGCGUUCCCUUGGCAUUUAACUACAGGAUGUGUCCGUCUCAUGUCUGAGGGGGAGACAUCACUUACCUGAUGUUUACUGUGGAGGAAAUAAUGCGGAUAUACAAUGUAAAACAGUUUAUAAAAAGCACAACCAGCGAACAGGCACACACACUCAAAAACACGCAAAGCAGUUACCUUCUGAGAGAUGAAAUUUGCCAUCUUUCCCUUCCUAGUCACACAUCUGGCCCCGUUUGGUGCCCGAGAGCAUCUAAAACAUCGAAGACAUGCUGAAAAGACAUCGAGGACUUUACCUAAAUAUGUGCCUUUUCGUCAUUUUCCCCCCCCAUAAAACGAGAUGGGAUUCGAUUAUCGGGCGAUUAAACGUCGUGUCGUUCGGACUGGUUAACGGAAAGCCUGAUUGGCCGGUGAGAAAAUUGGAAGCCAGACUCCAACGUUGUCGGACAGAGUCGUGCUCAUUAUUCCCAUUUUAGUGCCUAAGUUCCGUAGAUCUGAUUUCCCGGCUGCCUGGGAAAGGCCGGGAUCCCAACACAGCAUCAUCACGGGAGUCUGUGACAGCCAGACAGGCUUCCUGGAGUGUCAUGUGGCAGUCGUCACUGGAGCCCUGGCAUUUACGCGGGGGGGUGUCCGUAAACGGGCGACGAUUAUCUCAGGGUCUAAGAUUAAAAGAACUGAAAAAAAAAAAUCAUUUAAAGAAGACGAUAUAUAUUUAUGUAUCUAUAUAUAAACCGAAAGAGGGAUGCGUAUUGGCCUAAAUCUGUAUAUAAUCACGGAGAGUGUGCGAUUUCUGUAUAUGUAUGUAGAUAUAUAGAUAUGUGUUUAUACUUUGUGACUUUUUGGCAAGACGAACCUCCGAUUACUACUGAGCGUUUUUUUGACUCUCGGAGCCGCGAGCGGCUGCUUUGACUCGACGGCUGACCGGACUCUGCCAAAGAAGAGAGCGCAGGUGGCAUUUACCGUAACAUCUUACCGUUACUGUCGUCGCUGCUGUUGUCGUUUAUUGCUGUUUUUUUUUGUGUACGAUGCAUAAAAGGACAUGGGGAUGUGGCGGGGGGGGGGUCCUUACUCUGGACCAGUGCACGUGCUGCUGGGGGGGUUGGUCACGCCUAGAUAACGGGAAUGGGCGUCCCUGAUUUGGUGUGGAGGAUCCUUUUCGGGUUUCUGCUCAUGGAUGUGCCCCCCCCCAUUAUGGCAUAGGCCAAACCAUGUCCCCAAGUGCCCCCCCCCCCUUCAAUUCACCACAUCCCUCAAAACAAAGGGGGCACCAAAGCGCUGAAUGGGGACUCGGGACCUUUCCGACGCCUCCUUUGCCAGUGCUCAUGUCAGAGGUCAGAGGUCAGAGGUCGGAGGCCUUGGUUCCUGGCCUGUCGGCAGCCUUGCGGCUGAUGGCCAACGGGGCCCUGCUGACAGCAGCCAUCUGAGCUUCUUUAGCCUUUAGCACGCGGAGCCGGCUGCGCAGUGACACACUCGACUACGCUCACGAGCAAGAGCAUCCUGUUUGUAGCUCGAAUGUUGCUCAGACAAAAGUGUGUCUUCUGUUCUCCGUUGGCUGGUCUUUCGUGCAGAGGUUCGCUCGAGCCUUUCGUCCGCCACCAACACUCGUUCGUUUCGUUUGCUGUAUGACACAGCGCUAGUAGCCGUUUCCCCCGUUUCCCCAGUUUGCACGGUUUCAUACACUUCUCUGUAUCUUACCGCCAGCGUUGCGCUCUUCCUGCUUCCUGUCUGCAUUCAAGUGUGAUAUCUCAUGGGAAGAGGCUCCACCUCCAAAAACCUGCAUGGGAGGAGUGAGGAAGGACAGUGAGGAGGAGGAGGAGGAGGCGUGCGGUCACUGGAAAGGGCCUUUGCAGAGGAUCUGAGGGUAACAGUGUUGGGAGUCACUGCCCAGCUGCACACUGCAAAUCGUGUCUCCCUGCUGGUGGUCGCGCCCUUCUAUGUGGCAACCGGUUUGAGACUGAGAUGAGAGCAGAGCCGGGAUGAAAAUCCGUCCGCGUCUCGGCCUGCUCAAGGAGCCCAGCUGAAGACAAUCAAGGGUCUCGCCUGAGAGACGUUAAACUUCGGUGAGGCAGCAGGUGGCGCUGCAGACCCAUAAUCGCAAGGCCGCAAGUUGAGUUUUCUUCUGCAGUGAGACGUUCAGCUACGCCGAAGGCCAAGAAGCAGUGUGUCGCUAAGCAAACGGGUGUGCGCAAGCGGCGAUGACCAAACGCCGGCUGGACAUGCCCCCCUCCUUCACAGAAGAAGGUGUUUUGUAUUUGGGGGAGGCCUGGAGUAAUUAAAAUUCAUGCCCAGGUGACCUGGGAUAUAGGAAUUCCGCGAUGUAGGGGAAAGGUCGGAAUCCCCCCUCACCGAGGACCAGACUCCAGUCACGGGACCAGCACAUGGAGGGACUUUCCUUAUUUUCUGUUUCCGGUUCCUUCCCUAUCUUGCCGUGGAGGUCCGUCCCUGGAAUUUUGCGAGUGCAUGUGGACGGUGCGGCGUGCGGAGGUGAGGCUGCUUCUCAUGAUGAUUUGUUACCCCGCCACCCCAUAAAGAAGACACUUCGAGCAAAGUCUAGACCCUGCUGGCUGCACUGUUCCUGUUUGCUGGCACUGACAUCGCUGACAUCACCGCUGACAUCAUUGCUGACAUCACCGCUGACAUCAUCGCUGACCUGUACAAUUCCUGAAACAUUUCUCCAUACUAUAAUAUGAAUGUGGCAGGAGUUUAUCCUUCUGUGUUCUUUGUUUCAAAGAAUGUCGUGCCAUUUGUUAAUAGCAAAGAGGAAUAUUAAAGAUAUAUUAAAUGAGAGCUAUUUUAAAUUAUUUUUUGGCCUUUUCAGUACGUAUUUAUUUUCUUGUAUUAGAAUCUUUGUAGGAGAAGAAAAAAAAAGGAACGACUGUAUUUUUCAUUAGUGCAAAAACCUAUUUUUUCCUUUUUUGUACAUUUUUUCAUGUCCAGCUAUCGACAGCAAUAUGAUGUUUUCCGUGACUGUAACUGCAUGCUGUUUGUGUUGCCUUAACUACGGCUGCAUUCCCCCCCUCUGGGACCCCUUGUCCCGACACCCUCCGGCGUGGUCGACUGCUGCAGUCAAUAAAAGCUUUCCGUGUA